CCCCCUCUCUGCCUCGCACGUUUUCACCUUCUGUUGACGGCUAACGGUGGAGCCAUGUCUGUUUUUCUGAGGAAAAUCCGGCGCAGCGACCCGGCGGCCGCCGGCGUGCUGGAGAGGGCAGACUUCCACACUGACUCAGAGAUCCAGUCACUGACUCGAGAGGACCUCCACGAGCUGUUUCCAGGUCCCGAGAAACUCAAGCUUAGGAAGAACAUCUAUGAAAUGAUACACAAACAGCAGCCUAUUAAUCUGCUUCUGAAAGAACUCCAAGGUUUCAUCCCACAUGAUUCUCUCAGGGCUGCUCUGUCUCCAGACGGGGUCUUGGUGGACUACCUUCACCUCCUAAAGGACAUGAAGUCUCAAGUACAUCAAGUGCAGAGUUUCCUUGAGGCUCAUAUUGGAUUACUGGAGGACGCCAGAGAGGCUCUGGCAGACCAGGAACCUGACAGAGAUGUUUUGGCAGGCUCAAGCACCUCCACCCUCUGUGCUCCAGUGGAGCCCCAUCACAUCCCAGCUGAUAACCAUCCAUAUGCAGCACAAGUGAUGUACCAAAUGGUUGUCAGUGGUAACACCUUUGAUGCCCAUCUUCAGUUGAUGGCCAAAGUCCAGGCCCAGGUUCAGGACCGGGUUCAGCUCAUCUCCUGCUGUCAGGAUGGCCACAUCAUCAUUGUCUUCUGCCGAAUCGGCUCGCAUGCCGGGGCAGAAAUUGAUGCAGCCAUGACUAAUUUAACAGACGGAGUCCCCGUCAUUCUGGUGCUGAUGCACCACGCGCACAAGGCCGGGCACACGGCGGUGAGAGCCUGGACGCGUCAUGUCAACGUUGUGUUGUACGCCAGCGUUUUCUACCACGAGACGGCCCGCGGGCUGCUGAGGUGUCGGGAGAAUUCCGCCGCCAUCUCUCAGAUUAUCCGCCAACUGCUGGAGUACGGCGUUGACAAAAGUAAAUGGGAUGUGGACGGUGACUGCGACGGCGGCGGCGAGGGUAACGGCGGGGGCAGCGAGUGCGGUCCCAGGCUGUUCAACAGCGAUAGCAGCAGCAGCAGCAGCACCAGCAGCGAGAGUGAGAGCAAAAGCAUCUGGGAGGGUGGGGAUUAGAGGUGGUAUAGCAAUUAUCAACUGAAUUGAACCUUUUAUCCAAAUGAAGUUUGCCUGUUGCUGAUGUAAUGAAUAUUAACUUUUUAAAGAAGAUAUAAAGCUUUUUUUAUCCAUACUUGGUAUACUCUAACUCUUUUUCACUUCCAUUUUAUUAUUAUUAUUUAUUCAUGUAUGUGUGAUAACUUGUGUGAUUGUGUUUGUUACCGGACACCUGAAUUUCUCUUAAGGGUGGUUAAUAAAGUUUUCAUCUAUCUAUCUAUCUAUCUA